AUGCCAGAAAAAGAUGAGACUGCAAGAAGGAAGAAGGAAUCGAUCGUUGAUUUAUCACGAUUUAUUGAUAAGAAAGUACGCGUAAAAUUUCAAGGAGGUCGAGAAGCGUCGGGGAUACUGAAAGGUUAUGAUGCUUUAAUCAAUUUGGUACUAGACAAUGCUGUGGAAUACGUGCGAGACACGGAGGACCCGCAGAAAGUGACAGAAGAAACAAGGCAAUUAGGUUUGAUUGUUGCUCGAGGAACUGCAAUAACAGUUGUUGCACCGAACGAUGGCAUCGAGCAGAUUGCCAAUCCUUUCGUAUGA